CUGAAACUGGGCUUGCUGGGGGCGGAGUGGUCACUGGGGAUUUAAAGAGCCACCACUUCCUUGGGCCCCCAGAGGGUACUGGGAGGUCACAGCUGCUGAGGGACACCCAGGACUGGUUUGAGCCUCUUCCCCCCGUCUAAGCCAUGCACUUACGCGGGGGUGGUGCACAUCUGACUGGGACAGAUCCUGAGGAGUGUCAGAAGCAGCUGAAGAAGAAGCAGAAGAACCGGCUGGCUGCCCAGCGCAGCCGACAGAAGCACAUGGACAAGGCAGAUGCCCUGCACCAGCAGCAUGAGUCCCUGGAGAAACACAACCAUGCCCUGCGGAAGGAGAUCCAGACCUUGCAAGCGGAGCUGGCAUGGUGGGGCCGGACACUGCACCUGCAUGAACACCUGUGCCACAUGGACCGUGGCCCCUCCCUGGCUCUGCUGCCUUCUGCCUGCCCAGCCCAGGAUGAGCUGCCACGAGAACCUGCCCCACAUGGACACCGUGGCUGCCAGGAACAGCUGGACCUGUUCCGGACCCCUAACUCCCCACCCACAGCCCAGCAACUUGGUCCAAGCCCACACUGUCAUGAGUCUCCUGGCCUUCUCCCUUCCCUGCUGCCCUCGCUGUCCUUUGACUCUUCGGUGGUGACGGUACCUCUGGUCCAGCAGUCCCCCAAACCUGUCCUGUCUGCCUCACCUCCUGGCUCCAGUCUACCAGGGUCUUUCUCUAAGCUCAGCAUUCUUGUGCCCAGCCCUCCAGCCCAGCUAGUCCUUCCAUAUCCCCUUGGGCUAGAGCAACCCACUAAAGGGAAGCUGGCGUCCUCCCCCUCAGGCCUUCCAGCUGCUCUGGGACCUAUGUGUCCACAGAGUGGGGAACACAGGCCUGAGUUCUCUGGUUCCUCAGCAGAUUGGCAGAAGCUGGCCAUGGAUCCCGGUUCUCUGCCUUUCCUGAACUUCCCGCUGCUCUCUUCUGCAAAAGUCCACUUCUAGCUUGGAGCUGGAGGUGGGCUACCUUUCCUGGGUUCCCAAGGCAGCCUCAGCACCCAGGUAGCCCCUUCAUCGCUGCUGGACACUGCCCUUCUUGGGUGACCAACUGGCAUAAGAUUUCACUGGGGAAAAGGCACCGAGUGCCACCACUGUGGCCAGCCCAUCACUGCCACUAGCUGUCAACUUCACCGUUGCUCUAUGGAGUGGAGACUAAUAUUCUGCUUUUUCAGAUAAGGAAACGCUCAGAGAAGCCAAAUGACAUUUCCAAAACAA